AUGGAGGAACAUUGCAAGUCCCUGGCUUUCAAAUACGAUAGGUUCUUCAACAGCGCCCUCAAGUAUUUGGACACGACGACCGAGAGAGAUUACAUACUACAAUUAAAAGCCAUCGAUCAAUUAACAUACAGAAUCAAUCAAAGCGAUGCUGAUAAAGAUAUUAUCAAGAGAAACCUAGAAGAAGUUCAGGAUGCAUGUUCUAAAUUGAAUUAUAAACUUAUAACUUCUGACCGUUUAUUAGAUGAAGUUCAAGUAGAAAGAGAAAAACUUGUAUUUGAAAAAGAAACCAUGAAAUCUCAAUUAGAACAAUUAUACAGUAUUCGUAAGAAACAAGAUAUUGUAGAAAAAUCACAUAAUUCACUCAUAAAUCAUUCUGAUUGUGUACAGUUGGAUGAAAAAGAGACUUCAAAUAAUAUUGGUACUUGGUUAUCAGAUAUUAGUUAUAGUAGUUCUGAAGAUAGUUCAUAUGAACAAUUAUUGGAAAAUCCCAAACAAAAUUCUGCACUCAUAAAAAAGCAUUCUGCAAGCUAUGUUUUCAAUAACUUGAACACAAAAAAAUGUUCGAUUCAAAACGUGGAUACUACUAACGAACAAAUUAUUGCUACAACUAUUUUAACCAUGGACUUGGGUAGCGUAAAUGCUAAAUCUGUUAUAGAAACGUAUCCAACACAAACGUCAGAAGUUGCAUUAAUAUCGUCAUCGAGUGAUUCUAUUGAGCUAUUGUCCACCAGCGAUUCUGAAACAGAAAAUAAUAUAACUGAAAAAAAACAUAAUUUUAUUCAAAAAAUUAUUGUCAUUCCAGAAAUAUGUAGCCACUGUCAAAAAAGUUUAAUCAAUUUUAAAAAUUAUAUGGUUAAAUGUCUGGACUGUAAAAUAAUAACUCAUCUGGAAUGUAAAGAUUUUAUACCAAGUUUAUGUACAAUUGAUGAACUAAAAAUCCAUGCUUUAAAUUGUGGUGUCCCACCUUUCAUUAUUCACUGCAUUAGUGAAAUCGAAAGAAGAGGAUUGGAUACCAUUGGAUUAUACAGGGUGUCUGGUUCUGAUAAAGAAGUGAAAAGUUUAAGAGCCAAAUUUCAAAAAGGCUUACCGAAUUUAAACGAUAUAGACAUUCAUGUAUUAUGCAGUUAUCUGAAAGACUUGAUUCGUAUGCAAGAAAAUAAUCUUAUAUCUCCAAGUGAUUUAUCAAAGUUUGCUGAUGUAUUAAAAAAUAAAAAUGAUGUUUCAAAGUCACUUUGUCAAGUUGUAUCUGAAUUGCCACAUACUAAUCGUAACAUACUUUCGUUUCUCAUUAUUCAUUUGCAAAAGGUUGCUAUUUCAUCAAAAUGCAAUAUGGAUUACAAAUGUCUAGCAAUUGUUUUUGGACCUACAAUUGUUGGUGUUACAAGUACUUCCUUAGAUGAAUUACAUACUCAAUUUGAAAUUGUUUUUGAAGUAAUAAGAGAACUGCUCAUGCUGCCUUAUGAUUUUUGGCUUGGUUGUUUGAAAACUAAAAGCAUUGCUUCUGAUGAACCGUUAUACAGCACUCCAAUCAAAAAUCAACCUCGAUCAUCUGGCUCAUUUAAUCGUUUCUUUUCUUCCGGACUAAAAAGACAGAUAUUAGACUCUCAAAAGAAAAAGAAAAUUGCAAAAGAAGUUGAAUUUUAA